GCGCGCUCAUGGCUCCUCUGUGCGAACGAAAGACUCACGGGACAUAACGAGGCUGUGGGGAGAGGAUCAAGCAGAAGGUUUGGAAAUGGACGCAACAGUUUUUUAAGGACAAACAUGAAUUCCGAGGUGCUUUCCACCAGAGGCAGUUGGAUUGAAAUGUUCCAGGAUAACUCUUUACCAUGGCCGUCGUCUCCUCCUCAAUCUUCCACCUCCUCCGCCCCUAACUCCAUCUCCCUGGGCCUCGCUGACUCUCCGCCGCAGCAGGCUCCCUCCAAAACCCGCCUAGAACUCUUCCACAAACUGGGCUACUCCACGGAGCAGGUCGAGGAGGUGCUGCGCAAGUUCGGCCCGGGGAUGGACACGGAUAAAGUGCUGGAGAAGCUGAUGAAGAUCGGGGAGGCGGAGCAGCCGAACCCCCAGGCCGUGCGGAUGAACAUCCCCAUCGUCCGGGGGGAGGCGAGGACGGAGCGGGCCCCAGCGCAGGUCCCUCCGCCAGGGUCAGGACCGAGCCCGGGCCCCGAGGAGAGCGGAGAGGAGGACGACCCGUACAGGCACAUAGUGAUAGACGGGAGCAACGUGGCCAUGAGUCAUGGGAAUAAGGAGGUGUUUUCCUGUCUGGGAAUCCAGAUCGCUGUGAACUUCUUCCUGGAACGAGGCCAUAAAAGUGUGACUGUGUUUGUGCCGUCCUGGAGGAGCGAGAAACCACGCCCCGAUGUGCCAAUCUCAGAUCAGCACAUUUUGCGAGAGUUGGAGAAGAGGAAGUUGCUGGUCUUCACGCCAUCGAAGCGCGUUAACGGUAAACGGAUAGUUUGCCACGACGACCGCUACAUCGUGAAGCUGGCGUACGACACAGACGGGCUAAUCGUGUCCAACGACCUGUACCGCGACCUGCAGCGCGAGAACCCCGAGUGGAAACGCUUCAUCCAAGAACGACUAAUCAUGUUCACCUUCGUCAACAACAUGUUCAUGCCUCCCGAUGACCCAAUGGGGAGACAUGGUCCUUCUCUGGAUGACCUGCGGCGCAAAUCUCCCAUCGUCCAGAAGAAGGGCCCCUGUCCUUACGGAAAGAAGUGCACGUUUGGGAUCAAGUGCCGCUUCCUGCACCCGGAGCGUCCCAAACAGUCCAACCAGAGCGUGGCCGACGAACUGCGCAGCCGCAGCUCUCUACCGCCCCCUACGCCUGCGCCCGGGCACAGCCUGUCUCUGGUGGAGGACAUGGCCAAAAAACUGACUCUGGGCGGCUCCAUGAAGAAAGAGCAUCAUUCAGACACCAGUACCAUUCCACAUGGGACAAGCUCUCACAGCAAAGGCCACAGCAAGAAGAGCUGCUCUAAGAAGGACAGAAAACCUCGGCACAGCUCACUGGAGCAGAGCUCGCUCUCCAGCGUCGACUCCCACGAUCUGGACUCUGGUCUGGGCUCCAUCGACCCGCACAUUGACACCCCCUAUGGGACGAGCCUGUACUCCCAGCCCCACAGCGCCCCCUGCCACAACUGUCACGUCACUGUUUCUCACCACUGCUUCCAGCAGCCCCCACACGUCACCCAAUCAGAAAUGAACCUAGCUUACAACAUGGCUCCUUAUCCAAACUACGGCUCGUACAGUGGCGGGAUGCAAGCGUACAGUCAUCCUCCAGAGUUUCAGCACAGCGUGCACAGACCGCCACAGCCAGUGUACUGGUCUGAUCCCGUAUAUGGCGCCCCCUAGAGCCAUGUGCAGGGUACCGGAGGAGAGUUCACAGUGGGAGCAGAGCCAAGUGAGCGCAGGACACACUAAAGACCAGAGAGAGGGAGUUCGAAAGAAGUUACUGGCGAUUUUCAGCGCGCAGUUGGUGGAUACGGCAAUGAAUCUGAACCCCCAACUUUUAGAUCCUCAAAGAUUAGCAGCAGAGAUACUGAGGCUGCAGAGUCAGGGAUUGUAAAAUAAAAUAAAUGUCAGAGACAUUUUUGGACAUAAACACAAAAGGAGAAAAACAUGCUUGAUAAAUUUUGAAAGUUGGUUAGAUGUAAGUGGACUGAUGUACUGUAUGUUCUAUACGGGUCUUAAGUGGUUGGACACUUUCAGUCAAAGCACAAUGCAAAAUGAAUGGACAGUGCUAGACUCACAACACAAAGGUUCUCGGUUCAAUUCCUGGACUCUGGAGCCAUCUGUGUGGAGUUUGCAUGUUCUCUCUGUGUCUGGGUUCUUUGGGUGUUCUGGUCUCUCCCAUCAACCUGCACAAUAGGCAAACUCCUCCAGCGAAGUAGUCUUUGUGAUCAUGAUCUCAACUUUCUUUGUGAAGAAAGAGCAAAUGAAUGGACCUGCAGAUCAGUGACAUUAUGGACAUGUGCUUGAUGUAGAGAAACGACUGUAGGUUCUUAGCUAAAAGCUCUGGAGCGUGUCUGAAGACGUAAGAUGUUGUUGACCAUUUUCAAAAUGAAUGUUAUUGUAAAAGUUCUGACCAAGAAUUCUUGGUUUACUCCUGGUUUCGACCUCCUGGGUUAAUCCAGGUUUAGUACUGGUUUAUUUCAUAUUUAGUCCUGGAUUAGACUAGGUUUAGUCCAGGUUUAGUUCAGGUUUAGUACCGGAUUAGUCCUGUUUUAGGCCUCAUGGUUUAAUCCUCCUGGUGUAGACUGUGGUUAAAUCCUGGAUUAGUCCUGGUUUAGAUCUUCUGGUUUAGACCUGGUUUAGACUUGGCUAAAUCCUGGUUUAGACCAGGUUUAAGCCUGGUUUAGGUUUCCUGGUUUAGACCUGGUUGAAUCCUGGUUGAGUCCUGGAUUCUGGUGAUGUGGUCUGCAGGUGGUAUCCAGUUUGCAGAUCACAGUUGAACUAAAGCUGCCUCAGUCUCAGUUAAAGCAGCGUCCUGUUGAUGCAAAUUGCAUCUUUAUAUAAACUUCAAUUAUUCAAGUAUCAAUAUAUCAAUGCAGCAAUAAACAAAUGGUACAGGUUCACACUUGUUCUGUGCAAAUACCUUAAGCCUCUCAUAGUUUCACUUUUGUUUGUGUUAUUACAUUCAUUCAUGACUCAGAUUACUUGUCUGUAUAUUUGUUCUCUUUUUGGAGUAAUGGAUUACUUAUUGUAUGUCUUAUCAUUUAAAGAGGGGCUAUUAUGCAAAAUCUAUUUUAUUUUCAUUUUUUAGCUUUCCACCAUGUUAUAAGGUUAUUCCCUCAUCAAAAACAAGCCUGAAGAGGUUUUAGACAACAUCCUUGCAUGUUUGAGUAAUCUAGUGAUCUCUCCCACGCCCUAUUUGAACCCUCCUUAUGGUCAGCAGUACCGUACUGUACAAGGCUCCACCCACAAGCCCCAUCACCUGCGCCCUCACACGACAGUUCUCCGUAAAUAUAGAAAACCGUGAUACAAAACUGUGCACUACAACUUCACAACUUGAUGUGAUGUGCAGUAGCUUCAUUUUCAAAACAGUAUUCUUCUUCAUCUUCUGGCUGUUGUGGCUCAUUUGAAUCUUGUAAGAAAUCACUGAAAACUAUUAUAUUAUAUUGAAAUGGUCAUAAUUUGUUCUACAUGCUGUAUUUAAUAUAAUAAUCCAGGCUCCUCUUGCAUAAUGUAGCGUAAAAUGCAUGUUCCAGGUUGUGUCUUUACUGUUUUCAAAGCCCCUCCCUGUCUCUUAUU